GGAGCACAAAAACACUCGACCAGUAAGAACUAGCCAACUAGGAGUAGAAUGGUGCUCCAAGCAGCAGCAACAUCCCUGGUGGCUUCUCUGCGGUCACCAUGGAGCUUGCUCUGCGGUGCCGCCGCCCUGCUAGUCGUAUGGGCGGUCGCCCUGGCGGCCGAGAGUUACUGGCUGAGGCCCCGGCGGCUCGGCCGGGCGCUCCGGACGCAGGGUCUCGGCGGCACGGCGUACCGCUUCCCCGCCGGGGACUCAGCCGAGAACGCCCGGCAGAGCCAGGAGGCGCUGUCCAAGCCCAUGCCGCCGUCGUGCCACGACGUUGUUCCCCGCGUGAUGCCGCACCUCCACAAGACUGUCAAGGAACACGGUGAAGUGUGCAUCACCUGGGACGCCCCGGAGCCCAGGGUCGUCAUCGCAAAGCCAGAGCUGGUGACCCAGAUCCUAUCUAGCAACUCUGGCCACUUCGAGAAACUCAGGACCAAUCUUGGAGACCUGGUAUGCCGCGGGGUCGGGACCUACGACGGCGAGAAAUGGGCGAGGCAUAGGAGGAUUCUCAACCCUGCUUUCCAUCUUGAAAAGCUCAAGGCCAUGUUCCCUGCUUUCUCCACGUGCUGCACCGAGCUGGUGGACAGAUGGGAGAGUAAACUACUGGCUGCAGGUUGUGAGGGGUCGGUCGAACUCGACGUCUCCCAGGAGUUCCCGGUCCUCACCGGAGACGUGAUCACCCGCACAUCGUUCGGUAGCAGCUUCACCGAAGGAAGAAGAAUCUUCGAGCUUCAAGUAGACCAGGCAAAGAGACUUAUGAAGCUCCUCCAGUAUUUGUACAUCCCGGGCUUCUUGUCCUUUCCUACUGAAAACAACAGGAGGAUGUGGGAGAACAAGCGGGAGAUAGAAGGGCUCGUGAGAGGGGUCGUCCAGAAGAGGGAGCGCGCGAUGGACAAGGACGGGGACAUUGGCAACGACAUGCUUGGCCUGAUGCUGCAGUCCAACAGGUCAUCCAAUUCCGACUUGCGGAUGAGCACUCAGGACGUCAUCGAGGAGUGCAAGCUCUUCUACUUCGCGGGAAUGGAGUCCACGCAGCAGCUGCUCACAUGGACAGUCGUCAUGCUAGGCAUGCACCCCGAGUGGCAGGACCGGGCGAGGGAGGAGGUUCUGGGCGUCUUCGGCAGGGACGGCAAACCCGGCUUCGAAGGCCUUAAUCGACUCAAAACGAUGACGAUGAUAAUGUACGAGGUGCUCAGGCUGUACACGCCGGUGGUCACCAUGAACCGGAAAAUAAACAAAGAGAUGCGGAUCGGGGGCGUCACCUACCCUGCCGGAACGGUCCUGGAGCUACCCUUCCUCAUGGUUCACCACAACCCGAACGUGUGGGGGGAGGACGUGUCCGAGUUCAAGCCGCAGAGGUUCGCGGAGGGGAUCUCCAAGGCGACCAAGAAUGGCCAGGUGGGCUUCUUCCCGUUCGGCUGGGGGCCGAGGAUCUGCAUCGGCAAUAACUUCGCCAUGCUCGAGGCCAAGAUGGCCGUGAGCAUGAUCCUUCAGCGUUUCGAGUUCCGGCUCUCGCCUUCUUACGCCCAUGCGCCCUGCACCGUGAUAACGCUGCAUCCUCAGCAUGGCGCGCAAAUCAUACUCAAGAGCCUCUGAUUUAGCCAGUCCGGCCGGCAUCUUUGUUUUGUUAGCAUGUCCUUACUUGAAAUUCCAAAUCAAAAAGAUA